AUGUACGAUGUUUUAAAAUGUUCGAAGUUGCUGCACGCGUUUCCGUUUGGUAAAACGUUUGACAACGUACUCCGCAACUUUAAAAUGGUGUCUAUAAAAAAGCUCGGAAUUGGCGGUGGAGUUUCGUUCAUCUUUGGCAUUGUACUUUGGUUCGGAUUUCCAGCAUUGAUUAGAUCGCAGAUUAAAAAGGCGGUUCAACUGAAACCAGGAAGUGAAAUACGCGAUAUGUGGACGGUUGUUCCGUUUCCACUGGAUUUUAAGGUUUAUAUGUUCAAUAUAACCAAUCCUGAUGAAAUUAAGGAGGGUAAAAAGCCGAAAGUACAAGAAGUCGGGCCGUUCUUCUACGAGGAGUACAAGGUAAAGUUUGAUCUCGUCGAUCGAGAAGAAGAGGACUCCGUCGAGUAUAGUAUGAAGACAACAUGGUUCUUCAACGCCAAGAAGAGCAAUCCAUUGACGGGGGAUGAGAUAAUGGUAUUCCCUCAUCUCAUGAUUCUGGGCAUGGUGGGGGCCACGCUUUUGGACAAACCCGCCGCGAUCGGUGUCGUCGGCAAAGCCGUCGAUAGCAUCUUCCACAAGCCGGACUCGAUAUUCGUGACAGCCAAGGCAAAGGACAUACUUUUUGACGGUCUACCUGUCGAUUGCGACGUGAAAGACUUCGCCGGAUCGGCGGUGUGCAAUUUAUUGAAGACGGAAGCAAAAGAUUUGAUACCGGACGGUGAAAAUCGUUACAAGUUCUCUCUUUUUGGUGGGAAAAACGGUACCGCCGUGGAGGAACGUAUGAAAGUUCUGCGUGGUGUUCGAAAUUACAAGGAAGUCGGUCAAGUUUUGGAAUUCAAUGGUAAACCUGCAUUAGACAUCUGGCCGGAAGAUCACUGCAACGCUUACAACGGUACUGAUUCAACAAUUUUCGCGCCUCUGUUCGGGCCGGACGACGACGUCGUCUCGUUUGGCUAUGAAAUCUGUCGAAGUCUUAGUGCAAAAUUCGAGCGCCAUACCAAAGUCAAAGGCGUUAAAACUCUCCGUUACACCGCGAAUUUAGGAGAUAGCAAUAAUCCUAUGGAAAAGUGCUUCUGCCGGACACCGGAGACUUGUCUGCCAAGAAAUUUCUACGAUAUGACGAAAUGUUUAGGCGUGCCUAUUAUUGGAUCUCUGCCGCAUUUUUACGAUACCGACGGAAGAUAUUUAAAACUGGUGGAUGGUUUACGUCCGAAUCAGGAGGAGCAUGAGAUUGAUAUGGAUUUUGAACCGAUGACGGCUACACCAAUACGCGCGCAUAAAAGGUUGCAGUUUAAUAUGUUCAUACAACCGAUACCAAAGUUCAAAUUAAUGAAGAAUUUUCCGGAGGCACUGCUGCCUCUGUUCUGGGUAGAGGAAGGAAUAACUCUCGACGACGAGUUCGUCAAUAAAGUGAAGAUGGUGUUUAAAGUGUUGGCGGUUGUCAGUUUUCUGAAGUGGCUGUUAAUAUUAGGAGGGAUAGGCCUGGGCGGCGGAACCGGAUAUUUAUACUAUAAGAAUCGUGAUAGCGGCAAAUUAGAUAUCACAAAAGUUACUCCGAAGACUAGCGGGGACGACAACAAAAAGGAGAAGAGCUGGCCACCUGGGAUGAACAUCAGCACGAUACAAGCAGCGUCGGUACCGUCUAGUCUCGACAGAAAUUGAACACUAUUAGCGCGAAAGGCUAAUAUAAAUAUUAACGUCGAGAAAGUCCAUCUCCCUUCAGUCCCAAACAUUUUUCUUAAACUAAAAUUAUUAUUAUUGUAUAUAGGUGAUCAGGCUUUUUCAAAUACGACGAAGGACAAAGGUGUUCCGAAAAGUAUAGGAUAAUAAACAGUCCUCUUUUAUAAAAAUAAAAUAAGAAUUUAAUGUAGCGGCAUUAAGUGACUGAAGGACUAAAAGAGUUGAAGUUAUUAUGAUAAAUAUGUAUGAUAAACUGUUAUGGCAAUAAUGUUAUUGUCAAGCAUAUCUGGAGCUGAUAUUUUAGCUCAGAUCUA